CCAAUGGAGAUAUGGAAUUUAAAGUGAACAAAAUAGAAAAAUUUGAACAGGGAAACAUAAAAACAGACAAAAUGGUAAAUAAAGCAAAAGGUAAGCUAAAAAUUGAUGAUGAAACAAGAACGAAGCUAUUUUUUGACUAUUCAAAAAAUCACGACAAACCACUAAAUAAUCUGGCAACUAAUAACAUAAUCAAUACUACAAAAACGAAUUUAACAAUAUUAGGAAGAUCGAAUUUAAAGUCGGACAGAGAAGAAACGAUGGGAAAGUUAAAGAUUGACGACGAAACGAGAUCAAAACUGUUUUUUGACUACACAUCAACUUUUAAUAGAAGCAAUUCAAUGCGUGGCAACAAUGAAUCUAGUACUGAAAAAGUAAUAUCUCUUGGAAAUACAUUAGAAGUUGGAAAUGAAAAUCUGGAGAUAGAAAGCGAUAUCGUUUCGCGAAAUGUCUCGAAUAACUCAUUAGGCCCAGCAAACCUUUCCUAUCCUUCAAUUAAGGGCAAUUUUAAAUCAACAAACCCCAGCUUUGUAGAUGCUUUCCGAAUAAACACAACAAGUCGAAUAGUAUCUAUACUCGGAUUAUUCGAGUUGUCUGUGGGAGAUUUUCCGCGAGCUGAUGGGAAGUCAGAGUUGGCAGCUGCGAAGUUGGCGGUGCACCAUGUCAAUCAGCAGACUUUGCUGCCCGGGUACAAGCUGCAUCUCAUCACGAAUGACACUAAGUGUGACCCCGGAGUCGGAGUGGACAGGUUCUUCCACGCCCUGUACACGGAGAGACAGUCGCGACUAGUGAUGCUACUCGGCACCGCCUGUUCCGAGGUAACCGAGAGCAUCGCCAAAAUCGUACCAUACUGGAACAUUGUACAGGUUUCCUUCGGUUCCACGUCACCAGCUCUCAGCGACCGCUCCGAGUUCCCGCUCUUCUGCAGAACGGUUGCCCCGGACUCUUCCCAUAACCCGGCACGGAUAGCUUUUAUUAGGCAGUUCGGCUGGGAUACAGUGACAGCGUUCUCACAGAACGAGGAAAUAUACUCCUUAGCAGUGAACGAGCUUGUCACUCAGCUGGAGGCUGCGAACAUCACCUGCGCUGCGUCCAUCACCUUCGCUGAGACUGACUUCAAGGAGCAGUUGCAACAGCUGAAGAAGCUGGACACAAGGAUAAUAAUCGGCAGUUUCUCACAGGAGAUGUUACCGAAAAUAUUCUGCGAGGCCUAUCAGCUAGGAAUGUUCGGCGCGGAGUACGCGUGGCUGGUCGCGGGGGCUCCUCCGAGGAUCCGGGGCGUAGCACCCUGCGCGCGCACCCAACUUGCCAGGGCUCUUGAAGGACUCGUGUCGGUGACUGCACAUCGGGGGAUCGUGGGUGACGUCGUGUCUUACUCCGGUCUGACGAACGAGAUGUUCUACCGGGAAAUGCAAGGGGUGGGUGUGCCCAUCUCACCUUUCGCUCCUCACUCGUACGACGCUGUCUGGGCCAUAGCGUUGGCGUUGAGCAAAGCAGAACUGCUGUGGAGGAGCUUGGAGACUGAGAACAGCACCAGAUUGGGUUUGGGCCAAUUCGAUUACAAUAGAAAGGACAUGGCGGACGAGUUCCUGAAUCAGCUCGGGAAUUUGAGUUUCCUUGGUGUUUCGGGACCAGUUUCUUUCAACGGAGCAGACAGAAUAGGAAUGUCUGCGUUUUACCAAAUACAAGGUGGUCGUCCAAAAGCAGUGGGACUUUAUACACACGGCCGAGAGAUGGCAUGCUCGGAAUGCUCGCGCCCCCAGUGGGCGGGCGGAAUACCAGCUGCGAGACGGGUGUUGGUUACACGCGUGGAUUCUGUUUGGGCGCCAGCGAGGCUGGCUGUAGCGGCAUUAUCAGGGGCUGGAGUGGCGUUGGCCCUUGCUUUCCUAGCAUUCAACUUGCAUUACAGCAAACGGAGGUUCAUAAAACUGUCGUCCCCGCGCCUCAACAACAUGACGCUAAUCGGCUGCGUGCUGGUGUACACCGCCGUGGCGUUACUGGGAGUGGACAACGCCAUACUGCCUACCUACAUACCGUUCUCCGCAAUGUGCACUGGCAGAGUGUACAUUUUAUCCGCUGGAUUCUCCCUCGCAUUCGGAUCGAUGUUCGCCAAGACGUACAGAGUACAUCGAAUAUUCAUAAGCAACCGUAGCGGUGUCUGCAAAACCAAACUUCUUCAAGAUACACCACUGAUAUCGUUGGUGUGUGCCCUCUUGGUGAUUGAUGGACUGAUCGUGACGCUAUGGGCGUUCCUGGACCCGAUGGAAAGGCAUCUGAAGAACUUGACGAUAGAAAUUAGCUCGACUGAUCGCAGCGUUGUUUAUCAGCCUCAGAUAGAAGUGUGCAAAUCGCAGAACACAACCGGAUGGCUGUGCGCACUUUACGCUUACAAAGGCCUCCUCCUUAUUGUUGGGGUAUACAUGGCAUGGGAGACCAGAAACGUCGAGAUAUCAGCUCUCAACGACUCAAAAUACAUCGGAAUUAGCGUUUACUCUGUGGUUAUCACAAGUGCCAGCGUGGUCGUGAUUGGGACUAUAAUUUCCGAACGCGCUACGUUAGCUUAUAUUACCAUCACAAGCUUGAUUCUAAUUGCUACUACUUCGACCCUUUGUUUGUUGUUUCUGCCAAAAAUCAUCGCUAUUAAGUGUAAAGCGCAAGAUGAUCCCGUAAUACAAAGCAUGGGCCUAAGGCUCGAGUGUAAGACCAGAAGGUUUGUGACAGAUGAAACUCAAGAACUGCACUUUAGAAUAGAAAUACAGAAUAAAGUGUACAAGAGGGAGGUCGCAGCUUUAGAUCGGGAGAUAGGGAGGCUGGAGAAAUUGUUAGCAGAGCCUUUAGAACUAGCAUCUGGGUCAGGUGCAUCCACUGGGUUACAUAAACGAGCCGAGCUAAACACAGUUGAAGAAGAAGGCCGUCCCGAUGCAGAUAAAGACAGACGAACUCCUAGCAUCAGUGGAGGUCUACCCAUGCUCCUCCUUUCCGUCCUUCCCCCCGUCAUACCGCGAGCAAGCUGGCCUUCCGCUGAAGCUUGCAGAGGAAGAAACUCCGUCAGCUUCAGCUCACAACCGAAGCUCAACAGAAAAUCCCAACCAAACAUUGACUUAUACAACCUAUGCCUUAACAAACGUGAAGAAAACCACGGCUUCCUCAGAAGACUACGAAGUUUCUUCGGAAGCAGGACAUCUAGUAGAAAGGCUUCAGCAAUAUCCAUAGCGGAUCCAACGGGCCAGAGCAUUGCUUCAGCUUUAAGAAUGCAUGUGGGAAUGAUUGCUGGACUAGUGCCAAGCAGAAAGCAUUCAAUGGUGCUAUCUUGUAACACGUUACACGUGCCACAUCCAGAGAUGAGAAGACAAUCUUUCGCGAGAAGCGGCCCAAUUAUAAGGGUAACAGACGAUGAGCCUACGUGCUCGAAAUAUGAGCCUUCAUGCUCGAAAUACGAGCAGACGAGCUCGAGAAACGUGUCAGAUAAAAGUAUAUCCUCGGGUACGCAGAAAUACGUUGCAGAACCUGAAACAAAGGUCAAUUUCGUUUUACCCACAACGCAUAGACGACCUAUGUCCAACCAAAGUUCUUGUGAGAAGUUUAGGGGCUCUCCGAGGUUUCCUCACAGAAUAGCGCCGACUACAACUAGUUUGACUGCUCUAAAUAAAAGGAAAACUAGUGCGGAUAGUGUUUUUCACAUAUCUGACACCGUUUUCGAUGAGCAGAGGCGGUACAGUCACCAGAGCGUCUGUAAUAAAGAAGAUAAAUCAAAGGCUGUAUUGGAAAGUAGGUGGAGAUCGACGGAAGAUGCAAGACCCGGCCCUUCAUCAAAGAAUUAGGACUUACUGUGUUAGUGUA